AUGGAAUGUGAUACGUUGGAAAGCCUUGAUAAAAGUUCUGAAUUUGCUGCAAGAAUGCGGAAAGAACGAUGGGAUAAACUUAAAGAACAUCAAGAGUUUAAUCGAAUGAAAGCUUUUGACUCAAAUCGUUUUCUUGCCACUGACAUUCUCACUGAGGAAGACAUCAAGGGAUUGUGUUCGAGAAUCAAGAGAAAGAAACACGCGCCUCGUGAUGAUUUAAUAAAGUUGUGCAACGCUUUUAUCCAGAGCUUAGAGAAUAUUUCCACUUUUAUUAAGGUGACGGGCGCAAUUAAUGUUAUCAUCAAAGAAUUUACUGGAUGUGAUAGACGACAACAACUUUUAGCCGCUCAAUGUUUGUGCAAUUUAAGUUUAGGAGAUGAAGUUUGCUGUACUAAAAUUGCAACAUUUGCUGGAAGUUAUUUAAUGAUUUAUAUUGUUACAUCGACAGAUAUUUCAUUAACCAAAAUUUCAAUUUGGAUCUCGCAAAAUAUUGCUGCGUCAGGACCAAAAGCUUUGUCAAUUCUGAUGUCACAAGAGCUCCUUAAGAACACUCUCAAUGUCUUGAAUACUUGUGUUGAAUUAGAAAUCGAUGCUCUUCAAUUAUUGGAUAUUAUCAUUGAUGGCACUAAACAUGAGUCCGUCCGGGAAUUGGAUAGUACUCAAUUAGAUGAAAUUAAAUUAAGCUUAUGGAGCAUUAUGAAGAAACGUUACGACGUUCCUAUCGCUCUUCAAGUCUUUUAUAAAAUUACAAUGACAACAGAUGCUUGGAUCUUCAAUCAAGAAGAAACUACCGAUCUCGUCAUAAAAAUGACAACAAAUCUCAUUGAAGGUGUCGAACCAGAAACCAACAACAAGCAAAUUAUGCAUUUCUCAAUUAAAAUUCUCAUGAAAUCAUUCAAACAUAAUCAUCAGAACAAAAUCAAAUGUGUCGAACACUUAAUGGAAAACAAUUUGAAACUUUCUGUUCUUAUUAACAGCAUUAUUGCUGCAAAUCCGAAAUUCUACGGUCUUCUCAGUGAAUUAAUGCAUUUCACUUCUUUACUUUAUGUCGAUCAACAUCCAGCAAUUGCCAAAUAUUUCUUAUACGAUUCAAUAAGUGAUAUAAAAGUUCCAUUAAUGUUUGAAUUUUAA